GGGUGUUAGGUUAGCGCGAGGCGUGACCUAGUUGACAGGCUCUGAGGUGCUGCUGUGGCGGCGUCCGCGGGGCUGAGGCGGGUGGGAGCCGGAGCCGAGCGCGGGCUGAGGGAGGAGGGCGGCGACUGGAGAGCGGCGAGCGGCGAGCAGCGCAGGACGCAGAGCCUCUUUCACUUUUUCCCUGCUGAGUGCCCCCUCCCACCCCUCCCACUCCACACACACCCUGUUUGCCCGUGAGCCUGGGGAACUUGCAGCUUAAAGCCAGCCACCCCCACGGCAACAUGUACCCCAGCAACAAGAAGAAAAAGGUGUGGAGAGAGGAGAAAGAACGUUUACUGAAGAUGACCUUAGAAGAGAGACGCAAAGAAUACCUAAGAGACUAUGUUCCCCUGAACAGCAUUCUGUCAUGGAAGGAGGAGAUGAAGGGCAAGGGCCAAAAUGAUGAAGAAAAUACUCAGGAAACAUCCCAGGUGAAGAAAAGUUUGACUGAAAAAGUUUCUCUCUAUAGAGGUGACAUCACAUUGCUAGAGGUAGAUGCUAUAGUCAAUGCCGCAAAUGCCAGUCUUCUUGGAGGAGGAGGUGUGGAUGGCUGUAUUCAUAGAGCAGCCGGCCCCUGUUUGCUAGCUGAAUGUCGUAACCUGAAUGGCUGUGAUACCGGACAUGCAAAAAUCACAUGUGGCUAUGACCUGCCUGCAAAAUAUGUCAUCCAUACUGUAGGGCCAAUAGCCAGAGGCCAUAUUAAUGGUUCCCACAAGGAAGACCUUGCAAAUUGCUAUAAAUCAUCUCUGAAGCUGGUGAAAGAAAAUAACAUCCGAUCAGUUGCGUUUCCCUGCAUCUCAACAGGCAUUUAUGGUUUUCCCAACGAGCCUGCUGCGGUCAUUGCCCUCAGCACCAUUAAGGAAUGGCUUGCCAAGAAUCACCAUGAGGUGGAUCGGAUCAUUUUCUGUGUCUUCUUAGAAGUUGACUUCAAAAUCUACAAAAAGAAAAUGAAUGAGUUUUUCUCUGUAGAUGAUAAUAAUGAAGAAGAAGAGGAUGUUGAAAUGAAAGAAGAUUCAGAGGGGUUAGAGCCAAAAGACCUCUCUCCACCCUACAAAAAGAGCAAAGCAAAGAAGCCAGAAUGUUCGAAAGACUCUAGCGAGGAUGAGAACAGUCCAGAGGAGAAGCAAAGUGUGGAAGAAAUGGAAGGGCAGAGCCAAGAUGCAGAUGGUGUCAACACUGUCACUGUGCCCGGCCCUGCUUCAGAAGAGGCAGUUGAAGACUGUAAAGAUGAAGAUUCUGCAAAGGAUGACAGUAUUACAAAAGGCGGUGAAGUGACAGAUCAUUCUGUGUGUGACCAAGAUCAUCCCAAUGGGUUCUCUGCAACAAAUAUAAUGUGUGGAGUGCUUAGUAGCAUAGGGGACUUUACCUUGUUGUUAAAGGAUGCAAGAGAAAGACAAGAGAAUGAUUCAAGGAAGGAUGAAAUAAAAAUUGAAACAGAAUCCCAGAGCUCAUAUAUGGAAACAGAAGAACUUUCAUCAAACCAAGAAGAUGCCGUGAUUGUGGAGCAACCGGAAGUGAUUCCAUUAACAGAUGACCAAGAAGAAAAAGAAGGUGAAAAAGCUCCAGGCGAGGACACACCUAGGGUGCCUGGGAAAAGUGAAGGCUCCGGUGACCUAGAACAUACUCCAGGUCCUGAUGUUGAAAUGAAUAGUCAGGUUGACAAGGUAAAUGACCCAACAGAGACUCAACAAGAAGAUCAACUAAUAGCAGGGGCACAAGAUGAAGCGAAGGAACAAAGAAAUGGAACUAAAUGACAAUCCUCAGCAUCGCAAGGCCUCUCCUGGCUCUGGGGGAGCUCAGGAAGAUAGCAGCGCACGCUGUGGAGGAGGGUGGGGGUGGG